GUCCGCCUUGACAGCAAGCAGGCAGAGAAUUGCCAGUUGAUCUUCGUGAUCCUCUCUCUUAACCCCUAACUGGGCCUCUUUGUUUCGCUCCAUUUUUAUAUCGAGCCCUCCUGCUUACCCUAGUCUUCUUUUUUUCGCCUGGAACCAAUUUACUUGGCACGUGGACGGCUUAUCGACGACCCCUAACGCCUCGCGGCAUCCAACUUGCCGAGACCGACAGCUACGCCAUUGCCAGCAACAUCAGUUGACAAGUUGGGAAACGAGACGGACGCCUAUCCAUCUUUUCAAGUUUAGGAAACAAGACGGUCUUUCUCUUCGAGUCUCGACGUGUAAUCGGGCAGCACAUCAAACCUUUUCUGCAGGCUUGUCCUCCGAAUCAUGCUUCGUAGCAUCUGCCUACAACAACUGUCUUCUUCCCGACCUGCUUGCCAUGACCUGUGUCCUCAACGAGCUGCAUAGAACGUCCAUAGCCGUGGCCUACGUACCGAUUUCACACUAUGCGCGACCAACCCCGACGAGAUGAAUCCAUCUCGCCAGGGUCAACCGGCGUUAGGCCGGAACCUCCAUCCAUCUCAAGCCAGUUCGGAUCACCGACGAAUCCCCCUGAUCUGACGAACGAAGUCGAUGGCAUCCCCGAGCCGAAUUCGUACCCGACACCCCCAGAAAUCCCCGCCACCGUCGAAGAGACACAGGAAGCACUAGAUUACAUGAACGGCGGUGCCCCUCACCGCCACCACUCCCCCCUCUCUACAGAUGGGACUCGACCUCCGAUACACUCUGUGGCAUGGCCAGCACCAGGUGACGUCGCCGACAAAAGCGAGCAGGCUACGAUGGAGCAAGAUAAUGGAGAUAAUGCAGAGAUGGCGUCACCUCUCGGACGCCGGAGCGUGCAAUUUGCCAGGGCUGAUGUCGUGUUGGACCCCCCUCUCAACCACUCUCGAAACCCUUCGUGGGAUGAUGCGGGAAAGUCUCUUAGCUCUGCUUUCAUGUCCAAACUGAAGCAAAUCACCGGCACUGGAGGCCUGCAGACGCCCAGGGGAUCCGAUGCCGCAACUCCCAACGACACCGGAGGCCAAUCCCUUUCGAACUCGCCCACUGUUGCCCGGGCCGGGUGGAGGAUACCGGGGACAUUGCACGAAGAGGGCAGCGAUGCGGAUGCUGAUGCCGAGGAAACCGCUGACGAGGGUGCCGUGGCCGAUCCAAACAAGGUCAAGAAGAAGAAGAAGAGAAUGAUGCGCCGCCCAAGGAGACAACUCGCAUCCGCCCCGAGCACUCCCGAUAUUCGACAUACCGACCCUGACGGAGUGAUGUCACAGGGUCGUUUUGGCUUUAGGAGGCGACUCAGCAUGCCUGAUGACACAGAACAUCAGCAUGGCGUCUCGGAGGGCGAGGGCCGUGACCAGUUAAUGGCUCCGUCCUGGAUGAGGGGCGCUUCCUGGAUGGGUAGUGCGUCCAGGUUCCCGCGCGAUGGGUCGAGAGAUACCGGAAGCCCCUCAACCAGGGGCCCCGGUCACACUCGGCGGAUCACUGUGUUUGGCGGCGGGGGUGUCUCUGACGGCGAUGCCAUGACCCCCAGGCGUACAUUUUUUGGUGGUGAUAGGGCGACUACGUUUGGCGCCCACAAAUGGAAGCAGGUGAAAAACACCUUGAAGCUGCUCCGGCAGAAGAAGGAAGAUCGCUUCGACUUUGCCAAGUCUGCUGAAUUGAUGGCAGAGCUGAGGGCUGGCGCCCCUGCCGCGCUCAUGCUAGCAAGCAUGAUUCAGCGGGACGAGCACGGUAAUAAGCGUAUCCCGGUUCUCUUGGAGCAAGUGAGGCUCCGGGUUCGAGAUAGUGCACCUGAGCCGGAUGACGACAGCGAGAGGCACUGGGUGUUCACCAUGGACCUGGAAUACGGCAGCGGCCCUAGCCGGAUGAAGUGGACCGUCAUCCGUACGGUAAGGGACAUCUACAACCUUCACGUGCGAUACAAAUUUGCCAUGAGCAACGAUAAAUAUUUCCACGGACGGGCCGAUGUUGGCUCUCGGCCCAAACAGCCCAAGUUCCCAUGGGCCGCCUUCCCCUACCUUCGUGGAGCGCGGUUCAAGGGCGACAGUGAAGAGGACGACGGGGCUAGUACCCCGGGUGAAGAGGCGCCUGAAAGCCAUCGGGGACAACGCGCCGCCGGCGACGAGACAGCAGACGAGACCGACGGCCGGCCACACAACCCCAGAAAAAAAUCACGGUUGGAGAUGUUUGGGAUGCGGAGGAGGUCGACCGGCUUCACCGACCCUGGGGAAGCGUCCGCGCUAGAGAACCGCGCGGAAAUGAUGCAGUCCCGGCGAAGAUACGUCGAGAGGCAGCGCAGGGUGCUUGAGAAAUACAUGCAAGACAUGAUUCGGUGGCUCAUGUUCAGAGCGGACAGCAACAGGCUUUGCAAAUUCUUGGAGCUGUCCGCUCUCGGCGUGCGCCUGGCCGCUGAAGGAAGCUAUCACGGCAAAGAGUGUUACCUCCACAUUCAGUCGUCAAAGGGCCUCGACUUCCGCCGCGUCUUGACACCCAAGAAGGUCAUCGCCAGGCAUAGUCGGAAGUGGUUUCUCGUCCGAUCCAGCUAUAUCGUCUGCGUCGAGUCUCCGGAGAACAUGCUCGUCUACGAUGUCUAUCUGGUCGACCCCAAAUUUCGGAUUGUCUCCAAGAAGAGCACCCUUAAGCAGAUCGGCUCGAAAGACAAGAAGAAAGUCGACCUGACCAAGGAUCCGGCGCCCGAUAAGCACCAUACCGUGACUCUUCAUACCUCGGAGCGGAAAGUCAAACUCUUCUCCCGAAACCAAUCCGUCAUGAGACAGUUCGAGGAUUCCAUUGCCGAGAUGUUGAAGCAGACCGCAUGGCAUUACCCCAAUCGUUUCGACAGCUUUGCACCAGUCCGGCAGGGUGUUUUCGCCCAGUGGCUCGUGGACGGCCGAGACUACAUGUGGAAUGUUUCACGGGCCAUCAGUAUGGCCAGAGACGUGAUCUACAUCCACGACUGGUGGUUGAGCCCGGAGCUCUACAUGAGGCGGCCUCCAGCCAUCAGCCAAAAAUGGCGGCUGGAUCGGUUGUUGCAGCGAAAGGCUCGGGAAGGGGUCAAGGUGUUCAUCAUCGUCUACCGCAACGUCGAAGCCGCCAUCCCCAUCGAUUCCGAAUACACGAAGCACUCGCUGUUGAACCUACACCCCAAUAUCUUCGUUCAGAGGUCUCCCAAUCAAUUCAAGAAGAACCAGUUCUUCUUCGCACACCACGAGAAGCUUUGUGUCAUUGACCAUGAUAUUGCGUUCGUCGGUGGGAUUGAUCUCUGCUUCGGCCGUUGGGAUUGUCCGCAGCACCCUUGCAUCGACGACAAGCCGACUGGCUUCGAGCAAAGUGAACAUCCCAAGGACGCACAGCACUGCCAGCUGUUCCCCGGCAAGGACUACUCCAACCCUCGAGUACAGGACUUCUUCAAACUCAGCGAGCCUUACGAGGAGAUGUACGACAGGUCGAAAGUACCCAGGAUGCCCUGGCAUGACAUCGGAAUGCAAGUGGUUGGCCAGCCGGCCAGAGACCUGACCCGGCAUUUCGUCCAGCGGUGGAACUACAUUCGGAGAGGCCGCACGACCACACGUCCACUUCCGUUCCUGCUGCCGCCACCCGAGGUGAAGUCGGGCGAAAUGGAGAGCCUGGGACUGAAUGGUACAUGUGAAGUCCAGAUCUUGCGGUCGGCCGGCAAUUGGUCGCUGGGCCUCGACGAGCCGGAAUACAGUAUUCAGAACGCCUACAUCAAGUUGAUCGAGGACUCGGAGCACCUCGUCUACAUGGAGAAUCAGUUCUUCAUUACCAGCACCGAGGUCAUGAAUACCCAGAUCGUCAACCGCAUCGGCGACGCCCUUGUCCAACGCAUUAUCCGCGCCCACGAAAAGGAUGAGGACUGGAAAGCCUACAUCCUCAUCCCCCUGAUGCCCGGGUUUCAGAACAGCGUCGACGAGCAAGAGGGCACAAGCGUUCGGCUGAUCCUUCAGUGUCAGUAUUACAGCAUCUGCCGCGGCGAGAACUCCAUAUUUGGUCGCCUUCGAGCCAUGGGUAUCGAGCCGGAGGACUACAUCCAGUUCUACAGCUUGCGCCAGUGGGGUAAGAUGAGCAAUGGGAGUUUGGUGACGGAACAGCUUUACAUCCACGCAAAGUGCAUCAUCGUGGACGACCGCGUGGCCCUCAUCGGUUCUGCCAACAUCAACGAACGGUCAAUGCGGGGCGACCGAGACUCCGAGCUGGCGGCUGUUGUUCGAGACACCGACAUGAUCUGGUCGACCAUGGCUGGCAAACCGUACCGUGUGGGCCGAUUUGCACAUACCCUGCGUCUACGGCUUAUGCGCGAGCACCUCGGCCUGGAUGUGGACGAGAUUUUGGAAGAGGAGAGGCAAGCCGAGCUUGACAGGGAGGCCGAAUACCAAGCCGAGAUGGAAGAGAUCUACCGAGACGGCCAUGCCGAACGCGGCAGUCCCUCUGCAGCUGGUCCCAGCGACUUGGAGCCGUCGGCGACAACGCCCAUUCAACGCCGACCAUUAUCACGAACCCGCAGCGUUAACUACGACGCGGAGGCGCCGCUGGCAGAGGUUGACGGCUCCGAUGGAGAGCGAAAAGAAGCAGACCCUCGUGUGACCAAUAACUCCAAGCAUGCCCUGGAGGUUGAGGGGUACGGCCCAGACCAUUGGAAAGCAGCUCAGAAAGCAGGACUCGACGUGGGACGCGACUCGAUCAUCAUCAACAACCGAGAGGUCCUCGUGCACGACAUCCAUGCAGAGGGUAAGGGGACGCUCGAGUCUCCGAAGAGACCGCGUGAGCGGCGGGCCUCCCCGGUGGCCCGUACCGGAGAUGAAGAUCACGAGUCUGUUCACGACAAACUGCCACCCAUGCCACCCCUCGAUCGACGCACCACAGAUCAGCUUGGGCUUCCUCGUCUCAGUCAACUCCCCAAGCUGCCCAAUGCCGACGAUACAGAUAUCGGAGGACCGCCUGUACAGUUUGAUGCCACCGGAAGGCCCAUUAACGACUUGCCGCACCCUCGAGUGGCGGACAUUAGGCCAGCUCACAUUGAUAAGAACUGCAUGCGUGAUCCUGUAAACAGCUCCUUCAUGGAUGAAAUUUGGAACCGGGUUGCUGAAAACAACACCAAGAUCAUGCGUCGGGUGUUCCGCUGCAUGCCGGAUUCGGAGGUACUCACCUGGACCGACUACCGCGACUAUGACGCCUAUUCUGCUCGCUUCAGGGCGAGCAUGGAGGGGAAGAAAUUCGACGAACCGAAUGUCGCACCUCACGCGGACGGGCCCCCGUCCUCUGCCGGAGGUGGCGGGGCUGGUAUGAGUAUCGCAGGGCCUGGCGCUAUGACCAAGACGGUGACUGAGAAGGCAGGAGAGAAGACACACGCCGCCAAAGUGUUGGAGCACCUACAUGUUCCCAAGACAGCAGCUCAGACGGCGGGACGCGAGUCGGAGAUGGAUGAGAAGGCGGCCCUGGGCCAUACCAGCAGCCACGAGAACGAGAAGACGCGAUGUGUCUCGAGUCUCAGCAUUGAUCCGGAAAAGGCAGCCGGACAGCCGGACCCGAUGGAGGCACCGUCCCCGGCGCUUCCGGCGGGCGAAGUCCCCUUCCCGUCGCUCGAAGGUGCGGAACUGUCCGCUUCAGGAACCGUUGGUUCGUCCCCCGAGAAGGCCAAGGACCGGCACGCUACGUUCUCGCCCACGGAACAGGAGCCCCGUACGAGAGACAGGAGCACGUCGGGUCAACAGGCGCAGGCGUACGGGUCGAUAAGACGGCGGCGACGGGCCACUACCAAAGGCAGUCGGCGCGGUGGCCCUCCCGAGGACAUUUUGCCGGCUGAGGAGGCGGAGGAACUUCUCAGCAUGGUCCAGGGGAACUUGGUAAAGUUCCCUUACGACUGGCUGUUGACGGAGGAGCAGAACGGGAACUGGGGCUUCCAGGUGGAUGGUGUCGCCCCGUUGCAAAUAUACAACUAAUUAAACCCGAGUGGUUUCCUCUUUACUUCGCUGGUUCUAGUGCAUUGGACUUUUGGGUUGGCACGGCGCACUCCAUACAUCUGGUUAGGUUGGCUGGAAGUCGGCGGUGCUGAAGGGGUCAUCCCUAUGGCUACUCCUUUGCGAUCGUUUCCUAGAUGUCGUCUUCCCAAUUAGGUUUUGGUUGCAGGUCUAUGGCGCGCAUCCUUUCCUAUGUAUACACCGCCCUGCUAAAGUUCGUUCCCUCUGUUGUACAAUACAUCUAUAAUACAGCUUUACUUUUACACCUUUUCACUCACCCAGAUGGCGCCUCGACAUCCAGCACGGAUGACACCUGUCAGCAACCAAUGGGGCUCGGCUUUCUGUGCGUCGUGUUCCACGGCAUGAUCGAGAUGCUCCAGCUCCUCGUCCCGUAUCCUCCUCAGCGUGCUAAUCAGGUCG